AUGGUUGAUUAUGAGCUGCCCCUACAUCGUGACAUUGAACCUUACAUUUACGAUACGAGUCCUCUGUCACGGUUUUUUGUUAUCAAGUCAUUCAGCGAAGACGAUGUUCGUGCUUCUGUUGUCCACGGUAUUUGGACCUCCACCCGACUCGGAAACCAGCGACUCAAUGCUGCCUACCACGAGUCGCCCCACUCGAGCAUCUACUUAUUCUUCCUGGUGAAUGGUUCUUGUAAGUUCUGUGGCGUCGCUAGAAUGCUGGGCCCUAUAGAUUACUCCAAAGAAAGCAACAUUUGGGUAGAGGCCACCCGCUGGAAAGGCAUCUUUCCCGUGCAAUGGCUCCAGGUUCAAGAUAUCCCCAAUAAAGUAUUCCGCUAUCUUCGUGUCUCCACAAACAACUACAAAUUUGUUACCAGUUCCAGAGACACCCAGGAGCUUCCACACCAUAUUGGAGUUUCAAUGCUCAAUAUCUAUGCCAACUUCCGGCACCUGAAGUAA